AUUGAGUGUCCUGCUCUAUUGAGUUUGUUUGACAUCAAUAUUCCCCAUCGACCUCCUCGUAAGGCAACUGCAUUGUUUAAAAUCCCACUCCGCAGAACGAGGCUUGGAGCCAAUUCAACUUUAGUAAGGCUUUCGCGGUCAUACAAUUAUCUAUCUUCAAGGAUUGAGGGUUUAGACAUUAACCAUAAUUUUGAAAAUGAAUUUAGGCGUAGGCUUUGUAAUUUUUUAAAUAAUAAUUUAAUUUAAAUUUGUUCUUUAAGUGUACUUUUCUUUUUAUUUGUGUAGAAAUAGUUGUAGAAUAUGUUUUAGAUUUAUAUAAUACGUUAUUAGUAUCUAGCCGACAAUUAACGUCAAAAAAGUAUGUGUUUUUUUAUUUACUAAUUUAAUUUAAAUAUGUUCUUAUAUAUUUUUCUUCUUAUAUGUGUAGAAGUAAAUGUAAAAUAUUUGUUAGAUUUAUAUAAUUUGUUAUUAUUUUAUAGCCGACAAACAAUCGUCAUAAAAUUAUGUUUCAUGCAUGUCUGAUUGCCUGUAAGUAGAAUCGCAAUUAUCAUUUUUUUAAGUAUGUUGUAAUUAUAGUGGAAUGUAUGUUGUAGUUUCUGUAGGUAAUCUUAACUAAAUAAAUAAAUAAAACCUCGUUAUAUCGUAGAGUUGUUAUGUAUUUAUCAGUGCCGCCGUUGCUUGGAAGGUAUAAUGAAUGGUUUCAGGCUCUAAUUAGCAGCGGGUUGGGAGUGGGGUCGGAGAAGUUGUUCGGCGAGUGCGCGCGGCACCUGGUGCGAGCGGCGAGGGUCGGUGAGCUGCCCACGAGGCUGCACGCCGCCAACAUCCUGCGAGCGUUGUACCGCAGCUCUGGGCUGCACGAGCUGGUGGCCGCGCACGUGGGAGACGGCUUCCUGCUGGCGCUGCAGGGCUUUGAGGGCGCCACGUGGGCGGAACGUAACGCUUGGACGUUGGUCUUGAGUGCGCUUUUCGUGCGCGCGUUUGGUGUCGAGCGUACACGCGGCGGACGAGCGGCGCAGCGAGAGCGGAUGACCGGCCGGAUGUUCUUCCUGCGCUACCCGCAGCUGUAUGACUACAUGCUGCAAAAGGUUAAUGAAGUUUCUGAAGAAGGCUGCACCGGCAGCGGCAGCGUGUUUCCAGUUCUGCUUCUGUUGGCUCAGUUGCAGCCGUCUGCUCUCGAGGGUACCGUCUCAAACAUCAAGUUGACGUCGUUCAUCCCCGGCGUGGUGCGGUGCGCGCGCAGCCCGGCGCUCCACACGCGGCAGGCGGCCGCCGCGGCUCUACCGCCGCUCGUGUCUCCUGCAACUAACUGUUACACGGAGCAGAUAGAGGAAUUGUUAACUCUCGUGUGUGAUGUAGGAAUCCCCACCAACUAUUGCCACGGGAUAUUGCUUCAGUUAAUAAGCCUGGUCUCGGUGCGGGGCAGCAGUACGGGCAUGUCGCUCGAGAGUGCUGGGGGCGUGUCCCAGCAGAUGGCGCUGUCGCUGCGGCUCGUGACGCAUGCGUGUUACGUGCUCGUACACGCAUAUAUUACUCUCGUGCGGGCUUUUGUACUACACUUCCCUGCUGUCAUUACCACAAAAUACGUCACUGAAAUACAACCGUUGCUAGAUGACUUACUAUUUGGAGAAUCGAAACGUCCAAAGACUGGCCGAGAGUUGUGCCUCGCCGCCGCCGUCAGACUAUACCUCACUAUAUACAAUCAAUAUGACACAAAAAUAGAUAUUAAAGAUUUAAUCCAUCGCUGCAUGAGACAUACUACUUAUGAAGUAGUUCUAGAAAUACUGGACUAUCUGUUGGUACAACGCGGGGCUGUGGAGGUCGACGUUGUCGUGAAACCUAUUUUGGAUAAGCUCGACCAUAACUAUAUUGUUGAUUUGGAACAUGUUUUGAGCAGUCAGUACUUGGAAUGCCAUCGGAAGGCUCUACAUCUGUUAAUACUAGAGAACCAUCAAGAUACACUGAUUCUCGCGAGAUCUAGGAGUGAUGUUGUGCAGGAUUUGAUAAAUUUGAUUAACACGGAACACGAGAGUGUAACACAUUUGUAUCUUUUGAAAUUGACCAAAUAUUUAUCGAACGAGGAUAAUUUGGACUUGCAGGUGUUGUUGCCGGCGAUAAGGGCGAUACUCGCGUGCAGCUUCUCUGAGAACGACGUUGAUACGAGGAGAGUGGUGGUCGGAUUCUUGGAGGCGAACUUCCAACGUUUGUUGCGGACGGACCGGAGUGGUGCGAAGGAUGAUGACAGAUUUGAAUACACGGCGACAUUGUGGUCGAUGCUAGCGAUCCUGCUACAGGACGACGACGCGCAGAUCAGACAACGGAUAUCCGACCUUAUCACGUCCUUGUACAGCACAAUAUCCGAGCAGCAACAUUACAGUGUUAUACCGACCAAGUGUACCGAGUAUUUGCUACAGUGCAUAACGUUGGAACACACGAGAGACGAGACAGUGGAGCUGUUCACGGUUUUGGCUCUUUUGGACUUCAAGUCCGAGGUGUACAUGACUGAUCAGAUCAAUGAUGAGUGCCGCGUGUUCGACCACAGCGAGCGACACAACGUGCACGCCGAGGACACGGUGUGGACACGCGCUUGCGGCGCCGCACUCGCGGGGGCUGGCCACGCCCCACGCCUCGCGUGUGGCCCCGCCCUGCGCGCGCUGUGCGGCCGACACUAUGUGGACUACUGCCGUGCGGCCAGCGGAGAUGGCUGUAGCGUGAACCCCAGAGUACGGAUAUUGACGAGCAUUGUACACGAGCACACGAGCCAACCGACGAGCACUAUAUAGAAUUAACAAACAAUUUGUUAUGUUUUGAAAAUGAUAACCCUCACUUCUAGUAUCAAUACACAUAUAAGAUUUAUCAACUGUAAAGUAUAUCCUGUAGAUGAAGCCACAACCUGAGAGUUGAACAAAGCAUACAAGAUUUUAUGACGAUACGUCACUCGAACGGUUGGCCCAGUUGGCAGAACACUGACACGGAACGCCAGAGGUCGUGGGUUCGAGUCCCGUAUCGUUCAUAAAAUUUUGUUUUCAAAUUUUAUUUAUGUAGAAUUAACAAGUCAUGCAGUUAAAUGAUUUGCAUAGAUUAACGUUCUUUCAGUGUUGAGCAUUUUGUUACUAAAACUUAAGAUAUCAGAGAAUUAGUAGGAAGUAACACGUACUUAGUACCUUACACCUAACUUUACCUAACACCAAACCUAACCUUAGUAAAUAACACGUACUUAAUACCAACUGGACUGAGAGUUGGUACAAGAAUUUGUGCAGAACUUCACGCAGACGACGAGAAAGCAGGAUGGUCGCCGAGGUUCAGUAGUUACUUUAUUCAUUAUACCUCUGCUAGAUGGCUGAUGGAGUCGUAUAAAAGCCGUUCGUCGCCGCGGCGUUUGGCUGAAGACGUUUGUUGUGUUGUUAUUAUUCAGAUAAUAAAGUUUUGAACGUACGUCACAUGUCGAAUAUUUUGAAAUAGCCAAGAGCUGGAGCGCUCCAUUGCGGUACAUACAGAUCCCCAGAUAUAUUAUAUGAAAUAUUUGAAAGUGUAUUAAUUUUUUUUUAAAUAAUAUGUUAAAGAAGUGUAUUAUAUAUAAUAUUAGACAAUUAACUGACAUAGAUACCUAUGUCUCGCCAUGUUUACUUUAGUUAUAUUCAUAGUAUUCUUUCCUAUGGUAUAUUGUUAUAGGGCAUUGCAGCCAAUAUUAAUACCAUAUUUCUACUGCAGAUGAGGGCUGUUUAUGGUCCAAGUCCUAAGGAAUCAUGUGAGAAAAUUUAAAGAAAUAAUCUUUUAAACAUAUUCUUGAUAAUGUAAUUUCCAUAGGUAUAUUAGCGAAUUUUCUAGAUAAACUGUGAUAAUCAUAAUGUUAACCAGUAACAAACUUGUUAUGCAUACUACUCGGUUAAAAGUCGAGUAUAAGUAUAAGUCCUUUGUUGAGCGAUAAAUAUGUUUUUACAAUUUUAUCCCAGAAUAUGCACGAAACAAAUGUGUUACCAAAAAUUAAAAGAAUUGUAAGAUAGUUUAUGUAGUCAAGGUAAUAACAUAAAUGAUUUUCGGAAUGAUGCCUUACUUAGGAAUGGCGAUAGGCGAUCUUAUUAAUAAAUUUAAUUUCAAAAUAAGUUCAAUUUUUUUUUUUAUAGUGGUAACCUUCACUUCUGGGAUUAAUUACACAAAUUAAAUUUGUAAACAAAAUUUAUGAACGAUGCGGGACUCUAACCCGAGACCUCCCACGUUCCGUGCGAACGCUCUUCCAUUGAACCAACCGUUCUUGUGACGUGUAUAGCGUGACAAAUCUUGUAUGUCUUGAACGCAAGUAGUCGCGGGUUCGAGUCAAUAUCCGAUCAUAAAUUUUGUUUUCAAAUUUAAUUAGUGUUGUAAAUAAUGUUUUUAAAAGAGUGGCUAUAUAUCCAUGGUAGGGGAAUAUGGUAACGAAAAGUGUAAAUUUAAUAUUAACUAGUGUAAUUCAUUGUGACUGAUGAAAUAAUGUGUUUUAAAUAUAUUUUAUUUGAACUAGUGCAUAUUAGAAUAGAUUAAGUAAUAGAGUUCAUAUCAAAGAAUUCUCUGAAGGAUUUUUUACUGAUUACAAUAUCAAAUAUUGUGAAUGAUACUGCGCCUUCGUAUAUUGUGUAUAUAAAGUUUUUUAUACGAAUAAGAAUUGUUUUUACUCACAUACUUUGGUAAUAUGGUUUAUAAAUUAUUGUAUAUUUAAUUACAAUAGAAUCACAUUAAAUUUUGUUUAUUACAAA